AUUGUGAGUGUAGCUUUGUGGAAGAAGUGCGAGAUUUUGAUGGGACUACCAAUUUACAAAAUUUUGUUGGCCAGCCAGUUUUAUCCGUACUCUUUUUUUCCAAAAUAACGCCAAAAAACUGUGAAAUUAUGUCCAAAGUCACUGUGCAGGACAUUGAAGCUGUGGACGACUAUUGGGGGCCAACAUUCCGCUCUAUUUUGGAAGGCAAUAAUACUGAGUCCCUAUCGGAGCAGCUGGAGCAGCGUAUUCGCAGCCAUGAUAAGGACAUCGAACGCAUAUGCAAUCUAUAUUACCAAGGCUUCAUAGACUCCAUACAGGAACUGCUGCAAGUGCGCACACAAGCUAAGCAAUUACAUGACGAGGUACACACAUUGGAUCGCUCAUUGCAGCAAAUGAGUGCAUCGGUGUUGCAGCAAGGACAAGAUUUGGUGCGCGCUCGCCAAAUCGAAUCAAACUUAGCCAGCGCUAUUGAUGCGCUCCAAGCAUGUCUGCCGGCACUUGAGUGCUACAUCAAAUUUACCCAACAAGCAAAUAACAAACAAUAUUACCAGUCAUUGCGCACAUUGGAAACGUUGGAAUCGCAGCAUCUUGUUGGACUAAGCAACUAUCGCUUUGCCACUCAAAUACGCCAAGCCAUUCCAGUAAUCAAAGAGAAUAUUAGGCGUUCUGCCGAAGCAGACUUUCGCGAAUUUUUGGAAAAUAUACGUAAAUUUUCGCCCAAAAUCGGUGAAGUAGCUAUAACGCAUACAAAAAAACUGCAAAAGCGUGAUAUAAAUGCUAUCAUUGAGGAACACAAGAAGUUGCUGCAGCAUGACAAUCGCGAAGAGGAGAACGAUUUAAGUGCACAGGAUCUUAUAGAUUUCUCGCCAAUAUACCGUUGCUUGCAUAUUUAUAUGGUAUUAGGGCAGCGUGAAUACUUUGAAAAGGACUAUCGCCAACAGCGACGCGAUCAGUCAAAACUGGUUUUGCAACCACCGCCAGGCAUGCACGACAACUUGGAGGCAUACAAAACUUAUAUCUGUGCUAUUGUUGGCUUUUUCAUUGUGGAAGACCAUGUGAAGAAUACGGCUGGUGAUGUGGUCACAACUUCGUACUUGGAGGACUUGUGGUCCACUUCCUUAACGAAAUUCGUAAAUGAGAUUAGCAUGGCAUCGUCAUCCUGCACCGAUCCUAACAUACUUCUGCGCAUAAAAAACCUUAUAAUGCUGUCAAUAAACACUUUCAAGUGCUAUGGCUACACGGUGAACAUGCUAUUCGAGUGCUUGCACAAUAUGCGCGAUCACUACAAUGAGGUACUUCUGCAACGCUGGGUACAUGUUUUCCGUGACAUUCUGGACAAGGAGCAAUUCCAGCCCAUGAUCGUUGAAAGUCAAGAGGAGUAUGAGGCCAUCAUUGAACGCUUUCCAUUCCAUUCAGAGCAGCUCGAAAAUGCGCCUUUUCCCAAGAAGUUUCCCUUCUCACGCAUGGUACCCGAGGUCUACCAUCAGGCUAAAGAAUUCAUGUACGCUUGCAUGAAAUUUGCCGAAGAGCUAACACUAUCGCCCAAUGAAGUGGCUGCAAUGGUACGUAAAGCAGCCAAUUUGUUGCUGACACGCAGCUUUAGUGGUUGUCUUUCCAUGGUGUUUCGCAAUCCAAGCGUUGCGCUGCCACAACUUAUACAAAUUAUCAUCGAUACACAAUACUUGGAAAAGGCUGGUCCAUUUUUAGAUGAGUUCGUUUGCCACAUGACAAACACGGUAAGCAAUAUAUCGCAAACACCCUCGGCUAUGUUUCAUGUGGCACGUCAAGAGGCUGAGAAACAAGUUGGUGUGCGCAUAUGCUCCAAAAUGGAUGAAUUCUUCGACUUGGCAGCCUACGAUUGGCUGCUCAUUGAACCACCAGGCAUCGCUUCCGCUUACAUCACCGAUAUGAUAUCCUAUUUGAAGAGUACAUUUGAUAGUUUUGCUUUUAAGUUACCGGGCAUUGCGCAAACAGCUUGUCGGCGUACUUGUGAACACAUUGCAAACAAAAUCUAUGAUAUACUCUACGAUGAAGAAGUGAAGCAAAUUUCAACUGGCGCAUUGCAGCAAAUCAAUUUGGAUCUGUUGCAAUGCGAGUUCUUUGCUGCCUCUGAGCCCGUGCCUGGUUUGCGGGAAGGCGAACUUUCCAAAUUUUUUCUCAAAAACCGACAAUUGCUUGACUUGCUCAUAAUGGAGGAAUGGAGUACGUAUUUGCAUGAUUAUGGCAAGCAAGAAAAUCGUUACCACUUGGUCCAUCCCCAAUCGAUUAUUACCAUUUUGGAAAAGAUACGCGAGGCAGAUAAGAAAACAAUGUUCUCAGUGUUACGUAAAAAUGACAAAAAGAAGCUGUUGGACACUGUGCUGAAGCAGUUGAAGCAUCUAACUGAGCGGCAAACUUAGAUGGGAAGUGCCUUUUAUGGUGGGAAAAAUUUUAUAGUAAUAAGCGCAAUAGAUAACAUAAAAUAAAAAAAUUAUAAUAUUGGCCUGAA